CUACGUUCUCUUUUUGCAUAUAAGUAGAGGAAGGAGAGACUCAGUAGUCCCAAAACCAAAACCACCGCAGGCACGGGGCAGGAGUCAACAAGUUGGAACUUGGAGUCCAAACUCCAAUACCGCACACGAUGCCACAAGUGGAUAUCAAAACCUUAGUUUCAGCCUGCGCCGACGUCUCUUGCGACCGCAAAAUCGGUUGUGAGACCGUAGCAACUACCUCCACCACCACCGUCACUACCGACAAUCAACUCCGCCAGCAUCAAGAAUCUGAGAUUGAUCCACAAGAAAUUCCUCCUGAUUUCCCGCCUGAAUCUUUCUGUCUCUCCAAGGAUGCCGAACUUGAUUGGUUUGAUCGCAAUGCUUUCAUUGAGCGCAAGGAUUCCACCAAAGGAAGCUCUCAUUCAACCAACUUGAAUCCUAAUGUUAAUCCAAACACCAAUCAGUCGAAUUCUCAGAGAUACUCCAACUUAAAAUCCAAAGCCUCAAUUAUUGGUUUGCCAAUGCCACAUAAGUCUCGAUUUGUUGAUGGAAGGCGCCACGAUAAACCGAGAAACACGCGCCUAUUUCACAAACGAUCUGCUUCCACUUGUAAAUCAGAUUCAUCGGUGAUUGAGCCGUCUUCUCCCAAAGUCUCAUGUAUGGGAAGAGUGAGAUCAAAGAAAGAUAAAAACCGCAGAUUAAGGAAUAAACAACGAUCUAAUGAAACUGAUAGCAAAAAGGAAAAAGCGGAAAGCAAACAAAUAAGAGGAUUGUUUGCCAGUUUUCUGGCCAUCUUCAGUGCUAGCGGUAACCGCACGACGAAGAGAGAAAAUGAUGCAUCACAAAGGGGAUCUCAGUUAAAAAAGAGCUCGACGGUGAAGACGAUCGAUAUCAGGGAACGACUACCGGUUAGCGAGAGAGAUGCACUGCCAAGAAACAGCGUGGGAAAUGAUGACUUUGAACGGGCGGUGGGUGCUGAACCGAUUGGUUUGGGCGGAAUGAAGCGGUUUGCCUCUGGUAGGAAAUCGAAUUCAUGGCUCGACACGGCGUGAUCUGAAUGGUUAACGAACUAUUUCGUGUGGCGGGGACAAUGGUGGGGGCCAGUCAAGAGAAGAGAAAAUUUCCUUCACUUCGUGAUUGGAAAUAUGGAGGGCCCGCUUGUGUGUUGGGAUGACGUGGCAACGGCGAAAUAACGGUUUUCUCCCGAGCGCGGUAAUACAGUUAUCUCUUGUUUUAAUUUUGUUUUCCUUUUUCAAUUUUCUUUUUUUGGUGUAUGAAGAGUUUUCAACUUUUUUCCCAUUGCUUUAAAACAAAAGGAAUCAGGGUUUGUAAAUAUACAUAUGAGUGUAAAUUUUCUUGUAAUAAUCAACCUAAUGAAACGUAAA